CAUAUUCUAUUGCGUAUGAACAGAAUUCAAUAUUUUACAAUAAAAACAGCAGGUGAUUAAAAUCAAGCAUUUAUUUAACAUUCCGAUUUCUUUAUUAUCGAGCAAAAGCAAAGAUAUCAUGUAGUUGGUUGCGUCGUUUUUAAUAUUUCUGAAUUUGUGAAGAUAACAAAGAACACGCUUCACCCCGAUCCAAUGAUCAUUGCUUGGUUUUGCUAUGUAUUUAGAUAGAACAUCUACAGCUGCUCUGAUAUCGGGACUGAUGGAGUCAAGAGAAGAAAGGAAUAACUUCUACAUUCAGAAAAUACUUUCAGAUGUUGUUGUGAAUAAACUUGUUGAUUUAUUUAUCCAAGAGUGGAAGAAUAAUUACAAAAAAUCCCACGGAGAAUGGGAUAAUACAAACGUUAGUGGUCAGAAGUUGUUCAACAUUGAAAAAACAAAAAAGAGACCUUUAGACAACCAUAUUUUGUCAAAAUUUCAAGAUGGUGACACCAGUAAGUGGGAUUCUACAACAGUAUUUGCAGCAAUACUGUAUUCCAAAACAAUUGGAGCAAAAGUUAACCCAAAAGUUAGAUCUGCAGUUAAUGCACUUCGUAUUGUUAGAAACAAACUCACCCAUGAAUACCAUGGAAGAGUAUCUGAUACCGAAUUUGACAAAAUGCUUUGUGAUAUUGAAAAGUCAUUUAAAGAUCUUGCAUUUUCAUUCACUGAAAUUAAUGAAAUUAAAUGUCAACGAAACAGAUUUAAUUCUUUUCAAGUACUUCCUUGCAAAUCAAAUCACGAUGUGGUUAAACGUACAGAGUUACUUUAUGAAAUCAAAGCAGAUCUCAAUAAAUUGCGCAGUACUAACAAUAAUGAACUAACAUAUUACUAUAUUUCUGGUAAACCUGGCAGUGGUAAAUCUCAAUUAGCCAGACAAAUUUGCGAAGAAAUGUAUAACUCGUUUGACUGGGAAAAGAACACGACAUUUGUGAUGACACUGGAAGGAAAAGAUGCUGACUCCCUUUUGAAAACUUAUGCUGAACUUUACGAACGAUUAAGCAAUGAUAAAACUGUCAUUGAAAAUAUUCGGAAAGAAGCAAUAAGCAGCGAAGACAAAAUCAAAGAUUUUCAAUUAUUGCUGACACAGCAACUGAAAUCUUGGCAAUUAUGGUGGAUUGUUGUAGAUAACGUGAUUGAACUUGAUAAAAUUUAUCCAUUGUUACCUCAAGUUGGUGAUCAUAGCUGGAAAAAUGGACAAAUUAUAGUAACUGUCCAAAAUACAGAUGCUAUAGCACCAGAUGGAAGUCUAAAUAAACACAUUUCAGUUAGUCAUGGUAUGAACAAUGAAGAAUGUCGAGAACUUCUAUCUGUCUUUUCUGAUAUUUCAAAUCAUGAUGAAAAAUUUUUAAAGGAUUUAUCAGACAAAUUAGAUCGUCAACCAUUGUUCCUGGCAAAUGCUGCUUACUACGUAGGUAAAGUAAAAAGUGUAAGCCCGACAUUCACCUGGGAGCAAUAUUUUGCUAAGUUGAAUGAAGGAGAGCGACAGAACUGGGAUGGCAAUUUUCAAAAAUUAAACUCAGCUUACUUAGGAAUGAAAACUGUUAUGUUAGCGGUACAAAAAAAUGCUGAAGAAUCCAUCCUUUUGAAACAUGUUUUUAAUUUUUUCUCAGUAAUAUCUUUCGAUCCCUUACCACAAGAUGUUAUAAUACCAUUCAUUAAAAGCAUUGAUCCACAAAAAUCUGCAGAAGAUGUCUGUCUUCAAUUAAAGCAUUGUUCUUUAUUCCUUCAAACCGAAAACAACGACAUCCGCCUGCACAGCGUUGUACACGAAGCCAUCAAAAACUAUUCAUUGCAGGCCUUUGGCUGUAAACAAAACGAAAAUAAUUCUAAAAAGUCUGCAGCUGAUCUUGCCUGUCAAGUUGCAUGUGCACUAAAUAAUUUUGAAGACAGAGAAGAUGAAAUCAAAAUAAUUCCACAUCUAAUAAAAUUUAUAACAAAUUCAUCAUUUCAACAUUUCCUAAAAAAGUUGAUCGAUGUAAAAUCAGUCUUUUUUUUCAUAAGAGAACGAAAACUUGAUGAAAGAAAUUGGAAAUUUGCCAAAUAUUUCGUAAAUGUUCUGGAAAGAUUUUGCAACUAUAAACUUGCAACUAAAGUACUUGAUGAAAUAACAAAAAUUCAAACUAAAGUGUUAGGUGUUGAUCAUAUUGAUGUUGCAUAUUCGUACAACAAGCUGGGUGAGUUGCUUUGGAAGAAUGGAGAGUACGAAAAUGCUAAAGAUUUUCACGAGAGAGCAAUGGAAAUUCAAGCUAAACAAAUUGGACCUGACCAUGUUAAUAUUGCGUCAACGUACAACAAUCUGGGUUUGGUUUACUAUAAUAUGGGAGAGUACGAAAAAGCAAAAAAUUUUUAUGAACGAGCGAUACAAAUUGAAACAAAAUCAUUUGGACCUGACCAUGUUAAUAUUGCGAUAAGGUACAACAGUCUAGGUUCGGUUUACGAUAAGAUGAGGGAGUACAAAAAAGCAAAAGAUAUUUAUGAACGAGCGCUUGAAAUUCAAACGAAAGCAUUUGGACCUGACCAUGUUAAUAUUGCUACAACGUACAACAAUCUGGGUUUGGCUUGCGAUCAUAUGGGAGAGUACGAAAAAGCAAAAUAUUUUUUUCAACAAGCGAUGAAAAUUGAAACGAAAGGAUUUAGACCUGACCAAGUUAAUGUUGCCACAACGUAAAACAAUCUGAGUUUGGUUAACGAUGAUAUGGGAGAGUACGAAAAAGCAAAAGAUUUUUUUGAACAAGCGAUGAAAAUUGAAACGAAAGCAUUUGGACCUGACCAUGUCAAUAUUGCGACAACGUACAACAAUCUAGUUUUGGUUUAUAGUAAAAUGGGAGAGUACGAAAAAGCAAAAGAUUUUUUCAAACGAGCAAUAGGAAUUAUGUUAAAAAAAAAACAGUUGUAUUGUAGAUUUCUUUUAACAAAGGCUCAAAGAACAACAGUUGUAUUUUCCUAAAAGGUAUAAAUAUAAUGUUGACAAUAUUCAAACAUUUGUAUUAUAAAGUUUUCAACUGUCAUUUAUUUACUGGAACAGUUUUUAUUAAGAAACUUGUAUGGAACUAUCAAAGUAUAUUUAUGACUUAGUUUGCAAUAUUCAGAAGUUGAGAGGUUUCUUAAAAUGAAUGUUGUUGGGUCAUUUUCUUGUAUAAUAAGAGUAAAUACUGAUCUUACAGCAACCAUAAUCAUGUAACAUCCUUUUUUGAAAUGCUGAAAAGCCCACAAGAUUUGCUUUGCUAUAUAAGUAUGAAUACAGUCUUUUCUGUAUUUAUUUCUAUUCAUUCAUAUAAUUUACAAAAUAUAAUUUGCAUUUAUGAGA